AUGAUGGCACCAAAUAAGAGACCUGCCGAAGAAACAGAAUCUCUCCUGAUCGGCGUACGAUCAAUUGUGUUCGACAUAGAAGGCACGACGACUCCUAUUUCGUUCGUGAAGGACACACUAUUUCCUUAUGUGAGGAAUAACAUUGAGAGCUACUUGAAUAAGAACUUUGAUAAUCCUGAAGUACAGAAGGCUAUAAGUGCUCUCAGGGAACAGGCUGCCAAAGAAAAGAGCGAGACUGUUGAAGGUGUUGUAGAAAUCCCCAGUAGUGAUGCAAGCAAAGAGGAUGUCAUCAAGGCAGUUGUGGCUAAUGUGCAGGGGCAAAUGGAUGCAGACAGAAAAACAACAGAGCUCAAGAACUUGCAGGGAUUGAUAUGGAAGGAUGCAUAUGAAUCUAAGGAAAUCAAGGGAGAGCUGUUUGAAGAUGUUGCUCCAAUGCUGAAAAUGUUGGCAGAAGAAGGCUUGCAGCUGUAUGUGUACUCCUCUGGCAGUGUUGAGAGUCAGAAACUUUUAUUUGCAAAUUCCGUACAAGGCGAUCUCUCGGAUGUGUUUUCUGGUUACUUUGAUACUACAACAGGCAGUAAAACAGACAGUGCAAGCUACAAGAAAAUUGCUGCAGAAAUUAAAGUGGAACCAAAUUCUAUCUUAUUUCUUACAGAUAUUCCCCAAGAGGCAGAGGCAGCUGUAACGGCUGGGCUGCGUAGUGCCCUUGUUAUCCGACCUGGAAAUGUGGAAUUAACGGAUGAGCACCUGCAGAAUUUCGCUUGUAUUGAGAGGUUUGAUGAAUUAUACGGAGAAGAGUACGAUGAGGACGACGACAUCAAGCGCUUUGCUGGCGACAAUGGGGAACAAGAUGAUAACGAAGAGGAGGAGGAGGAGGAAGAAGAGGAAGGGGAAGAGGAGGAGGGAGAUGAUGCCUAA